UCAUCUGUCUUUCGGGCCUCCCUGUGCAUGAUGUAUGGCUGAGAGCCUGAGACCAGCUUAUGGAAGUGUUGUCGCUUGACAUGCUCUGCUAUUGGUCCCAUGACGAGUUGGAGCAUCUUGAAAGGGCUUCGUCCAUGGCCCUGCUCAGUAAUAGGCUUGCUAGGAUCCUAGAAGUCCUAUAUGGCACUGAACUGGGUCCAAUCUGAACCUGAAAACAGUAGCCAGCCCAAGACUGGAUUACAAAGUCUAUUUGACUUCGCUUCACUGCCCAAAGCCCCAUUUCGCAGCUGAUAACUGAGGGUUAACUGAGGUCGGACAGCGCAGAAAAAACAACAGGGACAGACAGAACAGUUGCUUAUCAUGAUCUGUACAGUUUUGGACUUUAAGAAAACCAAUACCCGUGAAUUUCCUUACCACAGUUGACGGAGAAGUUAAAACAAUCUUUUGAGUUUGAAGUUAUCCAAACUCCUAUUCAUUCAAGCUUGGUUUAUCCCCGACAACUAGACAUCAUUAAGCAUCUUCUUUAAUCAAAUUAUAUCUUAGUUCUCAUCGACCCAAUUAUUUUCUUCCUGUCUACAUCACAGUCUUUUUCUUGCUCUCUUGUUUUAAUAACCCUCCUUGCAAGGGAGAAGACGUAGUCCAUGCAUUGUUGUUACUCAUAAGCUGCCAUUGACACUCUAUAAUCAUCUGAUUCCAACAAUGGGUCGAAGUCGCUCCGACGGAUCUAACAAAGAGAGAUUGCGUUGGACACAAGAACUACAUGAUCGGUUCGAAGAGGCUGUUAAUCAACUUGGUGGUCCUGAUAGAGCAACACCGAAAGGUAUCUUGAGGGCUAUGGGCAUCCCUGGAUUGACUAUCUACCAUGUCAAGAGCCAUUUGCAGAAAUACAGAAUCUCGAAGUUUAUCCCAGAAACCAACAGAGGCAAGUUUGAAAGGAGAAAUAUUUCAGAAAUGUUACCGAAUUUCAGUGCAACAUCAGGUGCUCAACUAAAUGAAGCGUUACUGAUGCAAAUGGAGGUCCAUAGGCGACUGAGUGAUCAACUUGUGGUUCAAAAGAGCUUGAAGCUUAAAAUUGAAGCCCAAGGGAGAUUCCUUGAGAGAAUUGUGGAGGAAAAUCAAAAUGGAAAUCCAAAACACACCAAGUCAUUCUCUCCGGUAUCACUGCCAUCUCUCUGCGAUUCAGAAUCAAAUGCUAAGGAAUUUGAAACUGAUUCGGAGGGUGAGAAAGUCGAAAUACAGUCUGAAGAAGACUUUCAAGCUCUUAAGAGAUUAAGGACCGAACACCAUGUUUUGCCUUCACGGUAUCAACUGGAACCUCUCAAUCCAGAUCCUUACAAUCAAAACAUGGUUCUUCAAAGAGAUGCAAAAUUUUCACUUCCAUAUCAUGAUGUCAACUUCCCAUGGGACAUUUUGGCCACCUGUUCAUCACCUCUAGAGCCUAGUUUUUUCUAAGUUAAAUAUCACAACAUGAAUAUUACUAUGGUUGCAUGGAAUAAAAGGAGUGGAAGCACCAUUGGUCACUGGAAAUAUUUAGAUAAUUUCACGUUUAUUCAGGGAAUUGGGGCGGAUACCUGGCUUUGAGGACCAUGAAGGCAACCAAAAUAUUUCUGGUGAAGGUAUCUGUGUAGAAUAGCAUCAUAUAUAGCAUUAAGUUGAUUUUAUCCUGUGUGAUUAUGAAGGGUGAUCUAGCUUGGCUAUUUUUGUUUACCGUGUACAAAUAAGAACAUAGCAUUUAGUGGAUGCCUGGUUGAUUAUGGAACGCAGUCAUUCUUUGCUCC